GUUCAAGGUCGCGACCUAGCCACAUACCUUUGAAAUUCGACGUGAUGUCAGAAACUACUCCGCAGGACGAUGAUAGAAAGUCUAAGAAAGCAUUACGAAAACUUCAAAGGGAAGCAGAAAAACUCAAGAUUCAUGAAACAGGAGAUGAUCAGAAAAUCCCUGUGGUAUCCACAUUGACAAGUAAUGGAGUACUUGAAACCACUGAGGCUUAUGGUCUUCUCCCACUUCAUCAGUCUCAGUUCACACAAGGACCAAAGUACACUGAAUUGAGAGACUUAUCUAAAGAAUCUUUUAUCGAUCAACACGUUUGGGUUCGUGGACGUCUCCACAGAAGCAGAAUGAAAGGCAAACUAUGUUUCUUCAUUCUAAGACUCCAAGACUACAGGGUGCAAAAUGUACUUUCAGUUAGCGAAAAAACUCCGAAAGAGAUGUUGGCAUUCGUCUCCAGCAUUUCUAAAGAAUCAGUGAUUGAUGUUUACGGAAAAGUUGUAAAAAGCCCUGUUAUUAUUGAAGGUUGCAAUCCAGGCACUAUCGAAAUUCAUUGCGAAAAGGUUUUUGUUGUGAGUUCUGCACUUGCAACUUUACCUCUGCAAAUCGAAGAUGCCAUGAGACCAGAAGAUGAUGAAACGACAUUAAGUCGAGUCAAUCAAGACACUCGUUUGGAUAACAGGUGUAUCGAUCUGCGUACUCCAGUAAAUCAAGCUAUUUAUCGAGUUGAAGCUGGUGUAGUACGCUUCUUUAUGGAGUAUCUUACAAAAGCUGGUUUUGUAAAUAUACAUACUCCCAAGAUGAUUUCAGCAGCUUCUGAAGGAGGUGCCAAUGUAUUCAAGGUGUCGUACUUUUCUGGAAGUGCCUAUCUCGCUCAGUCACCUCAGUUAUAUAAGCAAAUGGCUAUAGCUGCCGACUUUGAAAAAGUAUUCACAAUAGGCGCAGUAUUUCGUGCUGAAGAUUCUAACACCCAUCGACAUCUAACAGAAUUUGUCGGUUUAGACUUAGAAAUGGCCUUCAAAAAUCACUAUCAUGAGGUAGUCGAUUUGAUUGCAGACAUGUUUGUUAACAUGUUCAAAGGAUUACAACGCGAGUUCCAAACUGAAAUUCAAACAAUAUGUCAACAAUAUCAUUCUGAACCUUUUGAAUUCCUGGAACCCACGUUACGUUUGCAGUAUAAAGAAGGCAUUCAGUUGUUACAAGAUGCUGGUUGGGAGAUCGGGGAAUUAGAUGAUUUGAGUACACCUGCUGAAAAGUUUCUUGGAAAGCUGGUUAAGGAGAAAUAUCAUACAGACUUUUAUAUUCUUGAUAAAUUUCCAUUGGAUAUCCGGGCGUUCUAUACCAUGCCACAUCCUACUGAUAAAAAUUAUUCCAAUUCGUAUGAUUUCUUCAUGCGUGGAGAAGAAAUAAUGUCUGGUGCACAACGUAUUCAUGAUCCAGUCCUUUUAACUGAACGUGCUAAACAUCAUGGGGUUGAUGUAGAAAAAAUUAAAGCAUAUAUUGAUGCUUUUCGUUAUGGAUGUCCUCCUCAUGCUGGCGGUGGGAUCGGUCUUGAACGAGUAACUAUGCUCUUCCUUGGGCUUGACAAUAUCAGGAAAACAUCAAUGUUCCCACGUGAUCCAAAACGAUUGACCCCUUAAUUUGUUGUUAUCCGUUUUUUUUAAUUUUCAAAUAAUUACUUUUCAUGGCUGGUUUUAACUUUUUCAUUACUGUGAAGGGUGGUGGGUAGUUCUACAUUCACUGCAGUUGAAGUGUUCCUUGUGUCAGUUAACUAGAAUUAGAUUCGCGAUAUUGUAUCUGAAUUCGUGGUUGGUUGUUUGUAUGUUUGCUGAGCGUUCUACAUUUUUAAAAUCCUACAUGGUAUUUUGUUCUGUUUAGUAAAAGAGCUUCACUGUUUUCUCAGAUGGAGUUAUAUAUUAGAUGGUUGGAUGCAAUCGGCAGGAAGCCGUGCACCUAGGUUUCGUGCUUAUCGGCACUCGUCAGUCAGGCGUACUUGCACUGGAGGAGGAACUGAUGUCCGCUCAUAGAUUCUCAAUAUUGACCUAUUAUUCCUAGUCUAUUCUUUACUUGAACAUGUAGAGAAUGUUUGUUCUCCUCUCCAGCAAGGUGG